AUGGCCGCUCUACACGAUGCGCUCCAAUGUAUGAACCCGGUAUCAUGGGAUAAGGUUCCACAGUCGCCUGACGAGCUCCGCGAAUACGUGCGCGAUAUCUUCAAGAAGAGUAGACUUGUCGCUGAAUCCCUCCCGGACCCUCCGACCUACGCACCUGAGGAGCACCAUGCACACGAAUCCCAUUCAACACCGCGAGUCGUUCCUUCGUCGGCUCGAGUAGGAGACACCGAUUCGGAGAUUCUAUCCGUACAAAAGCAAUGGGGCAAGCCUAUCAAGAUGGGCGGGCCGAAGGAUAACCCGCUUGGCCUGCAUGUGUGGAAGCUGAAUUCGAACGACGGGGGCGGCCAUUGGUUUGGGAGACGGAGCGUGCACGAGGGUCUCGGGUUCUCUCAGUGGAGGAGGAAGCUUUCAAUGGAGUAUGACGAGACCCUGAAGGGUAAUCUGGAGAAGAUUGAAGAGGGCAAAGUGCCUGAUGUGUGCAUUCGUGGUAUCGGCGCUGAGCAGAAAGUUGAGGCGGUGGAAGUGAAAGAUGAAGAUGGUUCAAUCAUCGCUGAAGUCAUGGUCUAUCACGUCUCUGCGCAGUUUCCUAAGCCUACAGCGCCACGCGACUUUGUUCCUUUGAUCAUCACUUCAGAUCACGCUCUACAAAUUGGCGGCACAAAACAGCCUGGUCGGAGCUGGAUGAUGAUUUCCAAACCCUGUAACCAUGACCAAGUGAAGCCUAAGUAUGGGUAUGUCCGGGGUGAAUAUGAGUCUAUUGAGCUUAUUCGUGAGAUUCCGAGGAAGAAUAUCGACGGUAGCUCCAGCAAGACUAGUUUAGCCCCUGCAGAUGAAAAAGCUGAUAUGGAUGAGGAGCUUAAUCCGGUCGAAUGGAUCAUGGUCACACGAAGUGAUCCCGGUGGCAACAUCCCCAGAUGGCUUGUGGACAAAGGUACCCCGAGCAGUGUCGGGGCCGAUGCCGCAAAAUUUGUCAACUGGGCUGUUCAAAAAGAUAAACGGAAAAAGCAAGCGCCAGCUAAUCCUGAGACCUCAGAGGGCGCCGGGCUGGUCCCUAAUGAGUCGGGAAAUGAGCUUGAUGACGAUGAAGAAGACACUUCCGAUUCGGACUUGGACUCAGUCGAUUCCGAUACCUCUCAUCACGGUCUCAUUGCCAGCGUGACAGGUUUACUCAAUACUGGUAUUGAACGCUACACGCCACAAGCAAUCCUCGACUAUAUCCCUAUACCGCACCACCGUUCGGCGUCCCAAUCUUUUUCGGUUGAUCGCUCACUAAACACCACAUCGCCUGAGGCGAACACUGAUGGAGUAAAAGCUCUGCACUCAGAGACAAAUGACGCAGAACACCCUUCCGAGACAAUGUCACUCCCUCCCCAUGAAUCCGAUCGAGUCUCUCUGUCAUCCGCACCCCACUCCGAUACAUGCACUUCAUUAGUCGACGGGGUCGUUCAGAACACCAUCAGUCAGCCAGAUCUCAUAGAAAUGAGCAAGUCCGGCAAACUUACGUCCCAGGAAAAAGAGCUCGCCAAGCUAGCUCUCCGAAAACGUGAAAUUGACGCCAAACUCGACACGGUCCGCGCAAGCAUGGAAAGCUUCCACAUCCCACCUCAACCUGUUUCUGCAACUCCAGAAAAAGACAUCGACGACAUACAAAACAACCAAAGCGGUAUCUUGAAAAAUGCAGCGGAAACCCGGUCUUCAACGCCAGGAAGUAGCUCUGGAACGCAGAAAAGCCGACACAGCAGCCACCAUAGUGUCUCUAGUGGUCCACCCACCCAAGCAAGAACAAACGCAUCACCAUCCGAACUACCAGGGCAACAAAACAAAGUGGCUUCGCAAUUACGCCACGAGGAAGCUAAGUUACUGAAGCAGCUGCGCAAAACUGAGGCCUCCCAGCUCAAGGUUGCGCUCAAGAUUCAAGCAAAACAGCGGAAGGUAGUUGGCAAGGAGGAAAAGUCCAAGUCAAAAUCCGAAGUUGAGCUUCUGCGUGGCGAGGUGAAAGAUUUGAAAUCUCAGGUCGCCCAAUUACGCGCUGAACGCCAGAAGUAUGUGGAUAUUGUCGCUUCGCUGCAAUCGGAGAAUACUAAGCUGGUUGCAAUGGCGGAGAAGCAUUAA